AUGCCAAUGAAUUUAGGCACUGGGGGAGGAAAUCUUUGCCAGGGAUAAAGGGUGUACAGCAGUGGCUGGCAGAGGUCGUCUCCUCCCCUGCCAAGCCCCCCUCCCCCGUCUUUCUGGGAGGGGUGGAGAAAAGGAUCCUACGAAGCUGCGACCUCGGCGACCGGCGGGAGCAUUCCGUGACUCCCAUCUGACAGUUGUUUCCUCUCUGUGGCCGCAUCUGCCCGAUCUUCGGAUCCCUCGGCGAUACAGUUCGCUUACAACUUGGCUGAUCUUCGGGGCGGACCUUUCGGGAACAGACUGCUCCGCUCCGCUUGGCAGAUUUGUUAAGUUGAGAUGGGCAAGUUUGCCUCCCCUGCACUUCUGGUCUUUAGUCUGCUUCUGGUCGCCGCCGGAGUCUGCGGUAACAAUAUCUGUACCACAAGAGGAGCAAAUUCAUGUCAACAGUGCCUGACUGUAAAUCCACAUUGUGGUUGGUGCUCCCAGGUGAAUAUGCCAAAAGCUUUCUCUCGCUGUGACUUGAUAGAAAAUCUAUAUCAGAAUGGCUGCACACAAGAUUUUAUAGAGUAUCCACGCAGCGAGACCUCCAUACUGGAGGCUAGACCUCUCAGUGCCAAAGGAUCAGGAAGUGACAUCACUCAAAUGACUCCACAGAAGAUUGAACUCUUCCUGCGUCCAGAUGACCCCCAAACUUUCUCAAUACAAGUGCGCCAGGUGGAAGAUUAUCCCGUGGACAUCUACUAUCUAAUGGAUUUGUCUAACUCCAUGAAGGAUGACCUCCGUAAUAUCCAGAAUUUAGGUACCAAGCUUGCCCUGGAAAUGCGCAAAGUGACCAGCAACCUGAGGAUUGGCUUUGGAGCUUUUGUGGACAAACCCCUGUCCCCUUACAUGUACAUUUCUCCUCCAGAGGCCAUCAAAAACCCAUGCUAUGACUUGAAACCACCAAAUGAUCACUGCCUACCAAUGUUUGGUUACAAGCAUGUCCUAGCUCUCACAGAUGAGGUCAAGCGUUUCAAUGAGGAGGUGAAGAAACAAAACGUGUCUAAGAAUCGAGAUGCACCUGAAGGAGGAUUUGAUGCCAUCAUCCAAGCAGUUGUCUGUGAUGACAAAAUUGGCUGGAGACCUGAUGCUUCCCACUUGUUGGUCUUCACUACAGAUGCCAAGACACACAUUGCUUUAGAUGGGAGAUUGGCUGGAAUUGUAAUACCCAAUGAUGGGAAAUGUCACAUGAACAGCAAUAACUAUUAUGAAGCUUCUACCACACUGGAUUACCCAUCCCUUGGUCUGUUGACAGAUAAACUCUCACAGAAAAACAUUAACUUGAUUUUUGCAGUGACUCAGAACAUAGUUGGCCUUUACCAGAACUACAGUGAGCUGCUUCCAGGCACUACUGUAGGGACCUUGACAAAGGACUCAAGCAAUGUUUUACAGCUUAUUUUAGAUUCCUAUGGGAAAAUCCGUUCCAAGGUUGAACUAGAAGUCCGUAAUCUCCCAGAGGAAUUGUCCCUCUCAUUUAAUGCCACCUGCCUUAAUAAUGAAGUCAUUCCUGGAGUUAAGUCUUGUGUUGGACUCAAGAUCGGCGAUACAGUGAGCUUCAGCGUUGAAGCGAAGAUCCGUGGCUGCCCAAAGGACCGACAGACCUCUUUCACCAUUAAGCCAGUGGGCUUUGAAGACAGCCUGACGGUUCUGUUGAACUUUAACUGUGACUGUGCUUGCCAGAAGUUUGCCAAACCUUAUAGCAAGAUCUGUAGCAAUGGGAAUGGCACCUUUGAAUGUGGGAUGUGCCGUUGCUACCCAGGCCGGCUGGGUUCCCUCUGUGAGUGCUCAGAGGAAGACUAUGGCCCAUCCCAGCAGGACAAUUGCAGCCCCAGUCAGGGGCAACCGCUUUGCAACCAGCGUGGAGAAUGCAUCUGUGGCCAAUGUGUUUGCUACAGCAGUGACUUUGGCAGGAUAUCGGGCAAAUAUUGUGAAUGUGAUGACUUUUCCUGUGUUCGCUUCAAAGGGGAACUAUGCUCAGGACAUGGGAAAUGCGUCUGUGGAGACUGUGCCUGCAACCCUGACUGGACGGGAACGUAUUGCAACUGUACAACUCGGACAGACACCUGCAUGUCCAGCAAUGGGAUGAUAUGCAGUGGACAAGGCCGUGGAUAUUGCUCCUGUGGGAAAUGUGUCUGUACUCAGCCUGGCUCUUACGGAGAUACCUGUGAGAAGUGUCCAACCUGUCCUGAUGCCUGCACCAUCAAAAAGGAAUGUGUGGAAUGCAAGAAGUUUGAGAGAGGGAUCCUGAUAGAACAAGACACCUGCAACCACAAUUGCCGUGAUGAGAUUGAGUUGGUGCAGGAACUUGAUUGUCCCAAGGGACCUGAUGUCUUAGUAGUUCUCCUUUCUGUAACUGGAGCCAUCUUACUUAUUGGCUUGGCUGCUUUGCUCAUCUGGAAACUGCUUAUUACCAUCCACGACAGGCGAGAAUUUGCCAAAUUCGAAGAAGAGCGUGCCAGGGCUAGAUGGGACACGGCCAACAAUCCCCUGUACAAAGGAGCUACCUCCACCUUUACCAACAUUACAUACCGUGGGAAUUCAUGAGAUUAUAGUCUUCCAAGGUCUUCUCCACUCAUGUUUACAGAACUGCCUCUGUUAUGGGUGUGAGAGAGUUUUUUUUUAAACAAACAAACAAAAACAGCCAUUGCUCAAGAGCCUUCACUGUUCUGCUGUCACAAGAAAGUAUCUGCACUGUGAUUCUUCAAAGACUCUCUUUUUUUUUACCUCAGCUUGCCCAAGGUUACAGCCUGGACUCAUAUACUGAAGAAGAAAGCAGGACUUGCUCUUCAGUAUGAGCAGCACUGCAUAAAUCCAGGGUUAAGAUAAGAUUCUAUCUGAACAAAAUCAGGGGUCAUGAUUAUUGAGCUUUAUAAUCUAACUUACACAUGGACUAGUGAAAUUUGGGGUAGAGGAGCGUCAUGAUAUCUAAGUCCAUUGCAAGUUGAACCCAAAGUCUUUCAUCCAAGCAAAGUUUCCAGGGGUUCAGCUGGUUGCUUGUGCUGUUGCUACUGCCCCUUUCCUUUACCUUUCCAAACAUACAAGACACGGGUUGGGUUGGCCAAGGGAGCAGUGUGCUGAAAAUCCUUCAUUACAUUUUGCACACUGCUGUCUAACACAGAACAUGCAAGGAAGCAGGAUUUCCUUCAAAAAUCCCUGCUCCUAAUAAACAGUUUAGGGGAAGGGAGUACAGCAGGGGUGUCAAACUGGAUUUCUUCGAGGGCCGGAUCAGCAUUGUAGUUCUCUUCCAUGGACCGGCAAGGGGAGGGGGAAGAUAGGACAGAUGCCUCCUGCAGCACUCUGCCAGCCAAAAAAGGCAGCAGGGGGCAAGCGACCGGCCCACAGUGCCAAAUUUUGACACCCCUGGAGUACAGGAAAGGGAGUUCCUUGUGAGGCUUAGAAACCUGUCCAGUUCUAUUUUUCUGUCAAUGCAAUUGCAAACCUGAACUUCCAAAUGAAUUCAGUAAUAAGGCAUGUUCUACUGGAGGCUUAGAGAAAAAUACAUUUUCAAAUCCAAUGUUUUACAUAUUACAUCAGAGUUCCAAUAUUGUUAAGACUAUUCUUUUUGUUACACUUAUCCCAAGACUAUGAUAUAAUAAAUUCCUUGCUUUUAAUUUUUAGAAGGAAAGAGUUCCUAGUGUUUAUAGAUGAUUUGCUUUCUCUAAUGAAAAAAAAA